UAACAAUUUGACUUUGACUUUGAUUUGGAGUUUGUAUCAAACAAUUUGGAUAUGUUUUGAUUGCUUUUUAGUUUUUAUUUUUGGUGUGGAACUUGUGCUAAACUUCAAUUAUUUUAGUUUGGUUAGAAUUUUUAAAAACUUGGGUUAUAUAAGUUUUGUUUGUGAAUAUGUAUUGAAAGUUUUGAAAUUUUAAUAUAACUUUUUAGACAUUUUAUCGUGUUCUAACCUAUCAACCCAACAGAGAAUGUUAUAAAAAAGAGACUAAUGGUGAAUAUUCCACUUAGCGAAUAAAUCAUCAACAUUAACAUAGUUCAACUACGAUCAUUAUUCAUUAACGAAUUUGGAAACGAUUUUGAGAGUGAGAGACUUUGGUGGUUUACUCGAAAAAAAUAAUAAUGAACAAGCAAUGACUGUUCUGAACGCCGAACACGCAUGAAUGCCGCGAAUGAAGAAUCGCGUCGCGCGGCGGCACAAGCAACUAUGGUCGUGCACAUAAGUAACGGCAAAACAGAAAUCCAAGCGAUGCAACUUUUGUUUCAGGAAGCGGACGUGUUCCAAGAUUGUGGUGAGAAAUGGUCAAAUGUUGCUGCGGUCUUUGGCGGCUUGAAUCGAACGCGAUAGUGUGAUUCGAACAGUUGAGAAAUGGCGGUACAGGAGCUGGACUUCUUAAAUAAUAUAAGUUUCAUUCCAUGCUGUUCUGGUCUGUAAUUCGAUUAACUAAAAUUUGUUCAGAGUUUCAAAGUCUUAGAGACUAUAACCAAACAUCUAAUCUAAUGUUAUAAUAGGAUCAUCCUCCUAAUCUUCUUCUAUCUACAUAGAGAGUUCAUAGAAACGAAAACAAAAUGAUCGAUAACAUCAUAAUGUUAGUCUUUUUGUUUUUUUUAUCUUCCCAUAUACGAACAAGCACUUCAGUAAACAGUUUAGCUGUGAAUCAAUCUAUCCGAGAUGGUCAGACUUUAGUUUCAUCAAAUGGAACUUUUGAAGUUGGUUUCUUCAGCCCUGGAAAUUCAAGCAGUCGAUAUUUAGGUAUUUGGUAUAGGAAUUUAUCACCUUCAACGAUCGUGUGGGUGGCCAACAGGGAAACACCGCUGCGGAAUAAAUCAGGUAUCUUGAAACUCAAUGAAAAUGGGGUUCUUGUGGUUCUUAAUGGUACAAACAACACUGUAUGGUCAUCUAAAAUGUCGAACAAGGCAGUGGAUAGUUCAAUAAUUGCACAGCUAUUGGAUAAUGGAAAUUUUCUGUUGAAAAUUGGGCAAGACGAUAUUUUGUGGCAGAGUUUUGAUUAUCCAUGUGAUACGUUAUUGCCCGCAAUGAAACUUGGUUGGGACAAUGCAACUGGUCUGAACAGGUUUGUGACGUCUUGGAAAAGUGAAGAUGAUCCAGCAAAGGGAGAAUAUUCUGUAAAAAUUGACAUUCGAGGAUGUCCACAGUUAGUUAUUAUGCAGAGAUCUGUCAAUAAAUUUAGAAUCGGUUCGUGGAAUGGCCUCGGCUUUACUGGAUAUCCAAUUCAACAAUUGAAGCAGAAACAAAGAUAUAAAUUUGUGUUCAAUGCAAAAAAAGUUUAUCAUCAAUAUGAAGUUGUUGAUAGCUCUGUUGUAUCCAUAUAUAUGAUAUCCAGUUCAGGAAAUCUGCAAGCUUUAGCUUGGACAAGUAAACAAAGUGGUAGAAUAGUAAUCUAUACCGGGGGAGAGGAUUCAUGUGAUAAUUACGCUAUGUGUGGUGCUAAUUCUGUUUGCAAUAUGGAUGGUAACAUUCCAAAAUGUGAAUGCCUGAAAGGUUAUGUUCCUAAGUUUCCUGAACAAUGGAAUAUGUCAUAUUGGUCUAAUGGUUGUUUUCCGAGGAUCAAAUCUGUUUGUGGAGACGAUAAUAUUGGUGGCUUCUUGAAGUACACAGAAAUGAAAUUGCCAGACACUUCUGCAUCUUUGUAUAACAAGACCAUGAACCUUGUCGAAUGUCAGAAAUCAUGUCUCAAAAAUUGUUUGUGUACAGCUUAUUCAAAUUUGGAUAUCCGAAAGGGAGGAAGUGGUUGUCUGCAAUGGUUUGGUGAUUUGGUUGACAUGAGGAAAUUCUCUCAAUGGGGACAAGAGUUUUAUAUCAGACUCCCUUCUUCAGUACUAGCUGAAAUCGAACCUGCUGCAGUUAAUGGCAAUCAAAACAAGAAGAAGAUUGGAAUCAUAGUGGGCGUGAUUUCUUUUGGAUUCAUUUUAUGUGUCUGCUUAAUAAUACUCAGAAAGCGAGCGAGAAUAUAUCAUCUUGCACCAUUUAAAUGGAAGCAAGAAUUUUUUAGAUUGACAAAGGAAGACAUGGAUCUCCCAAUAUUUGAAUUUUCAUUCAUUGUUAAAGCCACUAAUAAUUUUUCUAGCGAAAACAAACUUGGGGAAGGUGGAUUUGGACCGGUGUAUAAGGGUACAUUGACAGAUGGAAAAGAAGUAGCUGUUAAACGAAACUCGAAGAUGUCGGAUCAAGGAUUGGAUGAAUUUAAAAAUGAAGUUUUGUUGAUUGCGAAACUUCAGCAUCGUAAUCUUGUGAAACUUCUUGGUUGCUGUAUGGAAGUAGAAGAAAAAUUGUUGAUCUAUGAAUACCUGCCCAACAGGAGCUUGGACUACUUCAUCUUUGAUGAAACUAGAAGCAAACUCUUGGUUUGGUCUCAGCGUUCCAACAUUAUUGCUGGCAUUGCUAGAGGGCUUCUCUACCUCCACCAAGACUCUAGACUGAGAAUUAUUCACAGAGAUUUGAAAACUAGCAAUAUCCUACUAGAUUUCCAUAUGAACCCAAAAAUCUCAGACUUUGGUCUUGCUCGGACAUUUGGGGGAGAUCAAAUUGAAGCCAAAACCACCAGAAUGGUGGGAACAUAUGGUUACAUGCCUCCAGAGUACGCAGUGCACGGCCACUAUUCUAUGAAAUCAGAUGUUUUUAGUUUUGGUGUAUUAAUACUAGAGAUAAUCAGCGGAAAAAAGAAUAAGGGAUUUUCUGAUCCAGAACACUCCCUUAACCUUCUUGGACAUGCAUGGACACUCUGGACUGAAAACAGACCACUGGAACUGAUAGAUAAACACUUACUUGAAACGUGUAUUUCUUCUGAAGUCUUUAGAUGCAUUCAUGUGGGGUUGUUGUGUGUACAGCAAAAACCAACAGACAGGCCAGACAUGUCUUCUACCAUUCUUAUGCUGAAUGGUGAAAAACUACUGCCUCAUCCAAAGGUGCCUGGAUUUUAUACGGGAAGGGGUUUACCUGAAGCAGUUUCCACAUCCUCAAAUCAAAUGUCAAUAACUACAUUUGCGGCAAGAUAGAAUAUUAAAAAUCAAACCAAUGAAUGUGUUUUACUUGAUUAUGUAAGGAAACAAUAUAGCUACCAGUAUGAAAUAUUGAUAUGCAAUUUGAAGAGACAGACUGUAAAUACCAUUAUUUUGUCUUUAACAGUAUUACUUAUUGAUAAUGUAUAUUUAAAACCAAUAGUCAUGUUUCUGUAUGAUGCCAUUUA